CGAUAAACCCACUAAGAAAGCAAGCGCUCCAUCGCGUGUGUUUGUUUGUGUUGUUUUCUCUUCUGUGUUUCACUGAGUGUAAAGAGAGUCUUAUCUCUGUGUAUUUAAGUGUUAACAAGUUGAUGUUGAGAUGGAUGUGAAUCGUCAGUGUAUGUGACUCUCGGGGGCUCCACAGAAUGUCUGGAUUCAGUGUGGAUGAGCAGAGAUCACAGCCACACACCGCAGUCAGUGCUGGACUCUAAACUCUCUGAAGAGAAAUCCAGACACACACAGGACUCGGAGCUCAGUCUGACUUUACUCUGUUAUACUGAGUCAAAGCCCACAGGCACUCAGGACACCACAGUGUGUGACAGUAAACAGUGCUUACAGGAGGAUCAAACCUCCACAGAGUCUCUGGAUUCUGUCUGUAACGCUGGAGAACAACAACAGAUCCUGAAGAUGUGUUCAGUCAAACUCAUCGACCCCAGGAACUUGAUGAUGGAGAUUAAAACUGAACCCACAGAAAUCAAAACUGAACCCACAGAAAUCAAAACUGAACCCACAGAAAUCAAAACUGAACACACAGAAAUAAAAACUGAACCCACAGAAGAGGAAGAUCGCAGUGAGAAAGAUGAUGCUUUUAUUUUGUCAGAUGUGAAGAGUGAAUCAUGUUUGGGUGGAGAAAUAACAUCCUCGACUCUUUCCUGCAUCAUCGGUGGAGAGACAUUCAGUUCACAGAGACAUGAGAGAAAACACACAGAACAGAAACUCUUCACCUGCACCAGAUCUGAGAUCAGCUUUACCACCUUACAAGAGAAGAAACUUCAUUCAGAAGAGCACAGAGAGAAGAAGAAGAAGCAGUUUCAAUGUGAGCAUUGUGGGAAGAUUUCUGGCUCUUCCUUUAAUCUAAAAGUUCACAUGAGGACACACACUGGUGAAAAGCCUUUCAACUGCACUGAAUGUGGAAAAUACUUCAGCACCAAAGAAAAUCUUAAUACUCAUAAGAGAUUUCACACAGGAGAAAAACCAUACAAGUGUCCAUACUGUGAGAAGAGAUUUACUCAUAACCAAUGUCUUAAGACGCACGUGUUUAUACACACCAAUGAGAGACCAUAUCCGUGCAGUGAAUGUGACAAAGCCUUUAGGGAUUCAGGUUCGUUAAAAUCACACCUUAAUAUUCAUUUUAAAGAGAAACCCUAUCAAUGUUCACACUGUGAUACACGUUUCUGUCAUGAAUAUCAGCUGAUAGUCCAUGAGAGAGUUCACACUGGAGAAACAUCUCAUCACUGUAGUGUUUGUGGGAAGAGUUUUGAUAAUCAUGAACAUUUAGUGGCACACCAGAGAAUUCAUACAUGUGAAAAACCUUACAAAUGCUUUCAGUGUGACAAGAGGUUUACCCAUUUAGGUAACUUAAAAGCCCAUCAGAGAGUUCAUACAGGAGAGAAACCUUAUCACUGUAGUGUUUGUGGAAAGAGUUUUAGUCAGCAGCCACACUUCAUAAAGCACCAGAGACGUCAUACGGGUGAAAAACCAUUUAAAUGCUCUCAGUGUGACAGGAUGUUUGCUCACUUAGAUUACUUAAAAGUCCAUCUGAGAGUUCAUACUGGAGAGAAACCUUAUCACUGUAGUGUUUGUGGAAAGAGUUUUAGUCAACCGUCAAACUUUCUAAAGCACCAGAAAAUUCAUACAAGUGAAAAGCCUUUGAAAAUCAUCACAGUGUAACAAGACAUUUGCUCAGUCGGGUUAAAGGCCCAUCAGAGAGUUCAUACUGGAGAGCAACCUUACGUCUGCAUUCCAGGAUUUUCUCUAUAUAAUGGAUUUUAUUGGACCUCAACAGUUCAACACAGAUUCAAAGGGCUUUUAACGACCCCAACUGAGGAAAUAAGGGUCUUAUAUAGCGAAAUGAUAACAUAACACUUAAAGUGAAAUAGUGCUGAAAUGUAUUACAAAAGUAAUAAAACAACAGUACUAUUAGGGCUGGGUAUCGAUUCAGAUGUUCCAGAUCGAUUCGAUUUCGAUUCACAAGCUAUCAAAUCGAUUCGCUUCCGAUUCUCGAUUAAAUUUUCGAUUCUGGUUCUCACGUAGGUUUUUAUACUCGAUUCACGAUUCAACUCAAUGAAUAUAGAUUUAAUACACAUACUAUAUUAAUAAAAAAGAACAGUGAACAGCAGUUUACAAGUGGGUAAUUAAUAAAAAGAAAUUAAAAGCCACAACACGUUUUGCUUGCAAAAUCUAAAAUGCUUCCAUUCCUCCGUUCAAUGUUUGCGGAAAUAAAUAUGAAAAAAUCGAUUCUGCUCUUUGAGGAUCGAUUUUUAAUCGACCACGUUUUAAAAAUCGAUUAAUCGAAAAAUCGAUUUUUUUGCCCAGUCCUAAGUACUAUACAUAUAAAAAAUAUAUUACUUAAAGCUCACGUAACACACGCUGUUUCUGCAUUUCUGAUAUUAAUCUGGAGUACCUAUGGAGUAGUAUGACAUCCUUUAUAUCUCUGAAGAGUCUUUAGUUUAAUCAGAUUUAUAAAAGAAAGAUUAGCUUUACCGAAUCUUUCCGAUAACGUACGAAAAAAUGAAGAAGGAGGAGUUAUAACACGGGAGGAGCGAGUACGAGUCAUGCAACACUAUACAACACUGUUUUAACUUAUGAUUCACUACAUGUUCGUGUCAUUUAUAUAAUAUACACGCGCCUAUUUCCAACAUAAGACAGAAGUCUUACUUACCGCGUGUAACUCGUCAUGAAAAUCCACCGCAUCAAACACACACACGCAAAACUCCGCUGCUAAUCCGGAUAAUAAACUAUAUCCAUUGUUUCCAUAAGGCUGGAUGUCUUCUCCUUACAUCCAAAAACACACUUCUUGUUGUGCCAUUGUUGACUUUUGAAAUUAAACAAAGCUGAGUGGCGUGAUAAGCUGUUAGCAAGCUCUUGCGUCUCCCGCUGACUGACGGCUGGGCGGGGUUUUCCAGGGGAAGUUUUCCGGCGGAAGCCCAUAUAAAGAAGUGAUACGUAUCGAAAACCCCUGAAACGUCAGUUAGAACCGUAAUCGAAAAAAAUGAGCCGAAACUUGUACGAACCCUGGCGAAGUGCAUUCGGCACAGAAAUACUCUGAAACAUGCCCAACUGCAUUUUUGACACUUUGCCUACGUUUAGCAUGAGGAAACAACUCUAUAACUGUGUUAAUAAGUCAGAAUGCUUGAAAUACCAUUAAACCCCCCCUUUAAUAACUAUUGUAGUCAAUACUUCUCUGAAAAAACUCCCACUGGUAAAUUGAAACUACAUAAAUGUAUAUUAUGUGUAGUCUUUUACUUAAUUUGCUUUUGUUUUAACAUUUUAAUGAUUAUCUAAUCAAAUAACAAAAGAUGUUUUGCAGUAAUGAUAAAAGAGAAUUGAUUUCAGAUUUUUUUCAUUUGAAUAUGUUAACGUAGCCGACAGCUGCAUAUUGUUCGCUUUCUUUCAUUAUUAACUUAAAAUAUGGAUAAAUUAUGGAUAACAUAACCGGCUGAAUAUAAACCAAUGCAAAUCUGUGGUAUAAUCAUGACAUGGCAUCUCUUGGGCAAAUUCAUUUACUUACAAUGAUAUGAAGCAAAAUACGCAAACUCUGAAAAACUAUUGGUAUGCAUUUUUUGCAUACCAAUAAAUGGGUAAAUACCAAUAAUAAAUCGAUAAAUCGGUUUAUUAUAAAACGGGCAGUUCUGGUUCUUCAUUCUGAUUGGUUGAAACGCGUUCUAAGCCGUGAUAAAAUACCCCGGUAAACCCACGGUUCAGACCGCAUUAAAUAAGUAUCACUGCGCCACUGUUGCUUCCUACUGAUUUAUGAAAAUAAACACCACAGUCUUUAAUCAUAUUUUUAAUUUGUCUACAAUUGCACAAUUAUGGCGAUAUCCAGAUAAAUGUCAAUAAAUAUUGUUGAGUCAUCUAAUCAAUAUAGAGAAAACGUUCGCUGAAGAGUUUUUACCUCAAAGUCAUAUUUCUGCUAUCCACUGGGUGGCGAUCUUACCCAACUUAAACACUGACGCAUUCACUCAACACUAACACCAGGCUCUGAAUCUGAUCUCUUACAAAAGUUCUUCACAAAAAUGUAAUUUUCGCCGCUUUUAGCUAAAAAAUUUGAGAGGUGAUAAGAGAACAAAUGAAGGUAGGAUGAAACAUUUUUUGUGUUGUUGUUUGAAAGCAGAUGGUCUGUUCUUUCAUUUGAUAUUUUAUGUUUAUUUAAAGAAGAUAAUUUUUCUGUAAGGCAUUAAACUAAAACUGGGUGGCAACUUAAAAAAAAAAAAACGCUGAAGGGGAAAGAGUUCAGCAUGCUUCCAAGCAUAUUUGAUCAUCACUUCAACAGCACAAUAUAAAUGUUAAUGUAUAAAUUAGAUGAAUGUUGAUUUAUAAAAUAAACACCACAGUCUUAAAUCAUAUUUUCAUUGUGUCUUUGCUGCAUCUGUGUUGGUUGGGAACUGCGCUCUGUUUCAGUCACACUUGAUUCUGAGGAACUACUUUGUUUGGCGGAAGAGUAAUAUUUGUACUAAUAUAAUUACAACUUAUUUGUGUUUUAUUUUAUAAAAUCCCUCUAACUUAUGCAUAUGAAGUAACCGUUUUAUAAACGCAAUAAACCCCCUCGAAGCAGUGGGGUUACAGUGCGUUUUAAAACAGCUAAGGGGGUUUUAACAACGCCCCUUAGCUGUUAUAAAAUGCACUGGUAACCCACUGCUUCUUGGGGUUUAUUUCUUUACUAACAUUAGUAUGUUCUAUACAAUGUUAACUACAGAUUGGCUGCCAAACCUCCCUUCACAUAGCAGUGAUCAAUGAUCGCCUUCUCCCCUCAUCUUUGGGAAACUAAAAUAUUUGUUAUAAAAUAUUUGUUAUUUUCGCCGAGUUAUUGGUUCAGCCACUACCAUUAAACAAACAGAGGCAGGUAGUUAAGUUCCACACUUCACCCAAAGUGUUAAUUCGAUGAGUCCCCGGGAGAAGAGUUAUCAAACGAAGAAGAAGACGGAGGUGCGUUGUGUUUUUUCAAAAAUGCCCAAUAACGCAACUCUAUUCAAAUUCCAGGCAGGUUACGACUAACUUGUUGCUAUGACGACGUAUGU